UUUCAGUCCAGCUUUCAACUGUUAGCAAACGUAAACAUGAAUAAAUUAAUUCUCAGUAUAUUAGUUCUUCUAUUAAGUGCACUCAUAAAAGUUGAUAGCUUACAAUGCUACGUUUGUGACAACUGUUCGGAAGUAAAAGCAGGACAGUUGAUGACGUGUGGUGUAGACACGACAACGCAAUCUCCGAGUACGAUUUCUCCUGGCACUGGCACAACACCAACUGGUACAACAGCAACCUCUACUGAAACGCCUCCGACAAGCACUGCUUCUCCAACAACUGAGUCUACCACCGCUUCCACUACUACUGUACCAAGUUCAGGACGAUCAGCAGAUCCUGAAUUACAAGGACCACGUGUAAAACGAGGAACUAUCAGAGUCCAAGAAAGAGCCAUUGAGUACGUCUGCGUUACUGUCACGCUCGAAGAUACUAACACGGUACACAGGGGCUGUGCAGUGGACAAUGGCAAAGUCUGCGACGUUAGUGACAUAAGUAUGAUUGGGAAUAUCACCUGCACAUCUUGCAACACUGACAAAUGCAACAGCGCUGCUUCAGUGCAGGUGUCCGCCAUGUUGGUUCUCGCCGCCGCCAUUUUGAAAUUUGUUUAGAAAUGUCCAAAUGGCUUGUAUACAGUACAAUAACUCUUUAUUGCACACAAA